GUGAAGUGAAUAAUGAGAAAUCUUGGAGUUACGAAGACGCGUUUGAGAUAACUGGUCAUGGCCGAUACAACUAUAAAGUGCUAGCGGCAUGCAGUUUGAUAUCAGUAGCGGUGGCCAAUGAAAUGUUUGGGUUUGCAAUCACCGUAGCUGCUGCUUCCUGUGAUUUGGAUCUUACCAUCAGUCAGAUUGGUGUUCUAGCUAGUUCACCAUUUGCAGGCUUACUUUUUGCAUACCCAUGGGGCUACUAUGCCGACACACGAGGAAGGAAAAGAGCCUUGCUGCUCUCUACUUCAAUUGGAUUUGUUUUCGGAUUCCUAGGAAGUUUCUCAGUCAAUUGGCAUAUGAUGCUAGCCUUCAAGAUUAUUGGGUGUAGUUUCUCUACGGCAUCAUUCACGCUUACAAUGACAUACCUCGGAGAGUGCACCAGAGACAGAAAUAGAGGACAAUAUAUCUUCAUCAUGAUGAGCAUUAAUUUAGCAAGUGAAAUGUUGUCUUAUGGUCUGGCCUACAUCAUUCUUCCUUUCUCAUUUGCGUACCCCGUACCAUUGUUAUCCAUUACAUUCAACUCGUGGCGUCUUUUCUCGAUGAUUCUGUGUAUUCCACUUGGUAUCGGAGCCAUUUUCAUGUGGACUCUCCAAGAGAGUCCUAAAUUCUUAGCUGACAGGGGAGAUGGAGAUGAAGCUUUACAGGUCCUGAAGAUGAUGUUUGUGGCGAAUGGGAAUCAAGAACAUGAAUUUCCUGUUAAGUCGCUACAGUCAACGGUCAGCGUCGUCAAAGAAAUUUCCUGUUGUGUUACACUAGGGCAACAAAUAGUCCAACUGUUUAAGCCACCGUUAUUGUGGAGGACAUUGCAACUGUUCUAUUUAUUAUCACUUACCUGUUCCAUAAACAACGCCAUUGCGAUGUGGUUUCCAACGAUGCUAGAUAUCGUAUUCAAAUCGAUUUCAUCAGAUACAGCGGAGGUUUCAUUUUGUGAAAGUAUAACGGAUGACUCUGUUUCGCAUAGAAACUCUAAUGCACCCUGCACUGGAACAUUAUCUGAAGAAACUAUUUUGUCUGGCAUUAUUACAAGUCUAUUUUUCGUAGUAUUGAACCUUUGUGUUGCGAAAUUGGCGACGUGGCGACGCCAGAUUUUGAUGGGCUCUCUUUUGAUUGCAGGAGUCAGCUGUGUUAUGAUAAUAGUAUUGAGACAGCCCAUAGCAAGUGUGAUAUUCUUCUCAUUGGCUCAAAUAACUGCCAUUGGGUCCGGGAGCAUCGCAUCUUAUUUUGUAGACUUGUAUCCCACAUCCUGCAGAGGUCUAGCACCAAGCCUGGGCUUUAUGUUAGGUCGGUUCGUAUCUCUUACGGCUGUCAUAUUAAUCGGAGGAACUAUCGUGAACCAUUGCAACGCUAUUUUCUAUACUUCUGCUACGUUGGCUUUUUCUGGCGCGGGCGUUGCGUUAUUACUUCCGUAGGACAUCCAAAAGCUAAAAUGUCGUACUAUAGAGGAAUUAAAAAAUACAACUUUUAUAAUAUAGUUAUGGAAACUAUUGGGAUGUCUCUUUGCUUAGAAACUUCUUCAAUUGCUGUCACCGUAAUGCAUCCAUCAUAAAACAUGCAAACAUGUUACAUGGGAAGCCAUUGUAAGAAAAAUAAAUAGUAUAUUUAGAAGCUAUCCACAGUUGACACCGAAUUGAUUGUCAACUGUCGUAUUGAGAUUGUUAUUAUUUGCUUAAUACUCGAGUCUAUUUAGUGGUUUUGACCUAUUUAGUACUAAAAACCUAGAAAUUAUAGGUAAUUCACGUUCUAGAAGAGGUAGCGAAAAUUGUUUUCUGGCCGUCAGUGAUUCUCCCUUAGUUAAUAUAAAAAAUUAUUAGAUUUUCGUUAAGUGGUGUAUUUUUGGAAUAAAACGUUUUCAUGUAUGUAAAGUUUUCAUUUUCACGAUUUUUUUAUUGAUCACGAUUAAGCAA